ACAAGUUGUUGUUGUUUCUCGUGUUAUUUUUUCUUCAAAAUACCAAAAUAAAAUAGUUGCUUGAUCUUUGUAUUUUAAUUUUGAGCUUAAUUAAUAAAUAAUAAUCAACAAAUAGCAAAUAGUGCAUAAAUUCGUUCUAAAAAUGAGUGAAGAAUUCUUUGAAAAAGAAGAAACUCAAAUUGAAUACCUUUCUGAACCAUAUUCUCCAUUAAAUCGUAGCACUUUUGGUCAAGAACUAAUGAAAUGUGGGAAAGUGUUUUUAUGCUUCAUUUCUCAAGAUUUUGUUUUCUAUUGUGGUUUGUGCGAGAAAAACUCUACUCGUAAAUACACAAAUUUUGAUGAAUUUGCUAAUCACAUAAAACAAAAACAUGUAAAGCUUUGGAACUCUGAUUCCGAUAAUAUGUCCAAUGAUGCACCUUCUUACUUCACAGAAUUACAAGACGAUCCUAUCGACACUAAUGAAAAGGAAGCGUUCCAGGAUCAAAUCUUGGAUGAAUUUGAAAUAGAAUAUCUUCAUUCUGACCAAGAGGCUGAAGAAGAGAAAUUCGAAAUUGAAGAGCCUUUCAGUGAACUCAUUGAUAUGAGUAAAGAUGGUGACAAUGUUUCCCAGAAUAUGCAAAAGGUAAGUAAACUAUAACGACAAUGCAAUUAAAGCCAUUUGCUCUGUUGUUACGAAGUCCAAACUUGUUGACCAGUGUCUAAAUAUACUCAAGUCCCUAAGCACAACGAACACAGUUACUCUAACCCAUCCAGUUUCAUUCCCACCCUAACCCUGGGGAUCACAAUGGAUCCAUCGAAAUCCGAGUGGGAUGAUUCGACUUGUCGGAUUAUCACCCCGUUCAACCUAACCUAAUCUAAAACUAUAACGACAUAAUGUAGGAUAAUAUGAUUUGCACAAAAUAAUCUGUGGCAUUUCAAAAACUCAGAUCUUACGAUUACG